AUGCUGCGGAGGAUUCUGGCUUCCCCGGGCCCCGCCUCCGGCCUCCUGGGCCGCCGUUUGCCGGGCCUGCCGCUCUUGGCAGCGCCUGCCCGCGGCCGGAAAUCCCGCACGGACCCCCCGGCCAAAUCCAAGGCCGGCAGGAUCAAUACGCCGCCGCCCGUCGACCCGGCCGAGCUGCUGGUGGUGAAGGAGCGUUACCGCCGUUACGCGAGCAUUCUGAGCUCGCUGAGGGCCGAGUUCAAACAUGCGGUGGUGAUGCGGCGCUACGAGGAGAAGUUUGGCCAGCUGCGGGCACAGAGGAAGCAGGCAGCCGAGGAGGAGCACCGGCAGCUGAUGGCCUUUAACGACGCCGAGAACCAGCGUCUCCAGCAACGGAGGGAGGUUCGCCUACGAAGGGAAGAAGCUGCAGAGAAGGAGCGGCGUCUGCGUGGGGCUCAGAAACACGCUGACUUUUUGGAGGAAUUCCUCAAGGAAAGGGAGAGAGAGGUGCUCCAGCUACAGGAGGACGCCAAAAACUUCAUCACCCCCGACAACCUGGACGAGAAGAUCGAGGAGUGCUUGAACAACCCCCGCAACUAUAAUUUCGCCGUCGACAAGGAUGGCCGGGUGGCGAAGCGGACCGCUCUGUCUUAG